CGGUAGUGUUAUUGUUGGUAAAAUGUGCUGUUUGUUGACUGUUUUGUUUGGUCCUAACAAGCCCGCUUUGCCAUUUGUGUCCCAUGUUGUGGUGGGUUUGCUCAUGGCAGGAAGGAAAAGGGGGAAGUUGCACCGCUUGACUUCUCUCCGGACAGCCUUUGCUCCUUCACUGACCCCCGUCAUUUACAGUAACUCAUAGGCGAGUUGCUGGCUGCCUUACACGGGGAAUAUGAAUGUGUUGAAGAUACAGGACCAGCCGUCUCUUUUGAGAGCCAUCUUCAAUGUGGACCCCGAUGAAGUUCGUGCCCUCAUAUUCAAGAAAGAGGAUGUCAAUGUGCAGGACAAUGAGAAGCGGACCCCCCUGCAUGCUGCAGCCUACCUGGGAGAUGCUGAGAUCAUUGAGCUGCUUAUCCUUUCAGGAGCCAGAGUUAAUGCCAAAGAUAACAAGUGGUUGACUCCUCUUCAUCGAGCUGUCGCCUCUUGUAGUGAGGAUGCAGUGUCUGUGCUAUUGAAGCACAGUGCUGAUGUCAAUGCCCGGGACAAGAACUGGCAGACGCCGCUCCAUGUUGCAGCGAGCAACAAGGCAGUGCGCUGUGCCGAGGCGUUGGUUCCACUGCUCAGCAAUGUCAAUGUGUCAGACCGGGCAGGGCGCACGGCCUUGCACCACGCUGCCUUCAGCGGACAUGUAGAGAUGGUGAAGCUGCUGCUGUCCAGAGGAGCCAAUAUUAAUGCAUUUGACAAGAAGGACAGGAGAGCCAUCCAUUGGGCAGCCUACAUGGGUCAUCUGGAGGUGGUGAAGUUACUGGUGGACAGCGGAGCAGAGGUGGACUGUAAGGACAAGAAGGCCUACACCCCGCUCCAUGCUGCUGCCUCGAGUGGCAUGAGCAGCACCGUGCACUACUUGCUGGGCCUGGGGGUCCAGAUCAACGAGGUGAAUGCCUAUGGUAACACCCCACUCCACGUGGCCUGUUACAAUGGACAGGACGUGGUGGUCAACGAGCUCAUCGAGGCUGGGGCUUGUGUCAACCAGGUGAACGAGAGGGGUUUCUCUGCUCUCCACUUUGCCUCUUCCUCCCGCCAGGGGGCGCUGUGCCAGGAGCUGCUGCUUGCCAACGGAGCCCAUGUCAACCUGAGGAGUAAGGAUGGUAAGACUCCCCUCCACAUGGCAGCUGCCCAUGGCAGGUUCUCUCGCUCUCAGGCCCUUAUUCAAAAUGGAGCAGAAAUUGACUGCGAGGACAAGAGUAGAAACUCUGCCCUUCACAUUGCCGCCCGCUACGGCCAUGAGCUUAUCAUCACUGCACUCAUCAACCAUGGAGCCGACAUGACCAAGAGAGGUAUUCAUGGGAUGUUCCCCCUCCAUCUGGCAGCUCUCAGUGGUUUCUCAGAUUGCUGCAGGAAGCUGCUGUCCUCAGGCUUUGAUAUUGACACCGCUGACGACUUUGGUAGGACCUGUCUGCAUGCGGCUGCAGCUGGAGGGAACCUGGAGUGUCUGAACCUGCUCUUAAACACAGGAGCUGAUUUUAACAGGAAAGACCAGUUUGGAAGGACUCCUCUCCACUAUGCAUCAGCCAACUGUAACUACCAGUGUGUGUUUGCCCUCGUCGGCUCCGGGGCCAGCAUCAAUGAGCUGGACCAGAGAGGCUGCAGUCCUCUGCACUACGCUGCUGCAGCAGACACUGACGGAAAGUGUGUGGAGUACCUGCUUAGGAACAAUGCUGAUCUGGGAGUAAGAGACAGACAGGGCUACAGUGCUGUGCACUAUGCCUCAGCGUAUGGACACACAUUCUGCCUGGAACUGAUGGUGAGUGAGACGCCUCUUGAUGUGCUGAUGGACACGUCGGGAACAGACAUCCUGAGCAACUCGGAGAACCAGGCCCCGGUCAGUCCACUACACCUGGCGGCAUACCACGGUCACUGUGGAGCACUGGAGGUCCUCCUGUCCUCCCUGCUGGAUGUGGAUGUUCGCAGCCCUGAGGGCCGUACCCCCCUCAGUCUGGCCUGCUCCAGGGGUCACCAGGAGUGUGUUUCCCUGCUGAUUCACCAUGGCGCCUCACCAAUGGCCCGUGACUUCACACACAAAAGGACAGCCAUACAUGCUGCAUCUAUGAAUGGCCACUCAGAGUGCCUGCGCCUGCUCAUGGGCCACAACGACCAACACAUUUCUGUGGAUGUUCAGGACACCAACGGACAGACCCCUUUGAUGUUGGCAGUGCUGAGUGGACACACAGAGUGUGUAUACUCACUUCUCAGUCAAGGAGCCAGUGUGGAGGCCCGGGAUCGCUGGGGCAGGACAGCACUACACCGUGGGGCAGUGACAGGCCAGGAGGAGUGUGUGGAGGCCCUCCUCCAGCGGGGGGCCAGUGUGUGUGUGAGGGACAUCCGAGGCCGCUCGCCCAUCCACCUGGCCUCCGCCUGUGGCCGAGUGGGCGCCCUGGGAGCCCUGCUGCAGGCCACCAGCACCUCACAUGCUCACACACACCUCACUGACAACCAGGGCUACACACCACUGCACUGGGCCUGCUACAAUGGGUACGAUGCGUGUGUGGAGGUGUUAUUAGACCAGGAGGCGUUCAGGAAGAUUCAGGGCAACUCCUUCAGCCCGCUGCACUGUGCUGUAAUGAAUGAUAACGAGGGUGUGGCCGAGAUGUUAAUUGACUCUCUGGGUGCUGCCAUUGUCAACACCACUGACUCCAAGGGCAGGACUCCCCUUCACGCUGCAGCGUUUUCAGACCACGUGGAGUGUGUUUCUCUGCUGCUGAGCCAUGGAGCUCAGGCAAACAUGGUCGACACACACACUCACAGCACGCCGCUGAUGAUGGCCGCUCUCAACGGACAGACCAACGCUGUGGAGGUGUUGGUGAGCAGCGCUAAGGCAGACCUCACACUGCAAGAUAACAGCAGGAACACAGCCUUACAUCUGGCUUGCAGCAAGGGUCACGAGACGAGUGCCUUGUUGAUUCUGGAGAAGAUCAGUGACAGGAACCUCAUCAACUGCACCAACGCUGCUCUCCAGACUCCUCUGCAUGUAGCAGCCAGGAACGGUCUGACCGUGGUGGUUCAGGAGCUGCUGGGGAAAGGAGCCAGUGUGUUGGCAGUGGACGAAAACGGUUACACCCCAGCACUGGCCUGCGCUCCCAACCGGGACGUGGCCGACUGCCUGGCACUCAUCCUUAACUCCAUGAUGCCAACCUCCCCCAUGGUCACCAUAGCAGCUCUGCCUGCACUCUCUCUCACUCGGACGGUCAUCAACCAUCACCCCUCCUCGAACCACAUCUCCAAAGGCGUGGCCUUCGAUACCCCACCUCCACUGAGGCCUGACCACGCCUCCUACUGCAGGCCAGACCGCCCACUGUCCUCUGUCUCUGCGGACGAUGAGAUCAUCGACUCGGAUUCAGAGACAUACUGAUGAAACGCCCCACUCCUCAUGGCGUACUGGGUCACUGCUAUUGGCUACAGCCCCAAAAUACUGGCAAGCUGGCCGACCACUCAGGAGCCUUAACAGAGGUCACAGAUGGAAAGAGACGGCAGCGAAAGAGAAGCAGGGACUGUGGAUGGAUUUAUUUUGUGGUCUGGGCAUUCAUUGUUUUUUGACACAGGUAGGCGUAGAUAAACCUCUUAAAAUCAAAAAGCAAUGUGUUUGCUUCAUUAAGGUGCAUGCCUCUGGGGAAGAAGACAACUUCAGAGCGGAGUGGACUCAUGGAGAGUAGGAUGAGUAACCUCAAGAUGAAUACACUACAUAAGACAGAUCAGUGUCUUUGUUCUUUUUCAGUAAAUUUCAAGCAAGCGGUGUUUUUUUAAAUUAAGCUCCUCCUCUUUGCUGAUAUUUUCUGAAGUGAUUUUAUGCCUUUCCACUGUCUUUUCCUCUACAAUAACAGAAAAGCAACUACUGAACAAAAGCUCCAAGUGCCGCUUUUUGGCCUCACGUGGAACAAUUUAAUCUAUGGAAAAAGCAGAGGGACAAUCUGAAGGGACCAGGAGACUGACGGACUCUUUGUUUUUCCCUACUGUAGUUAUGGAUUUUUAUUCAAAGUUCUCCGAGCUAUCAUCACAGACAUUAGUGAUGCUUUCUCAGUUUUUUUGGAACCACUUUUUGAUUCAAAUAGGAGGAGGUCAGUCCUAAAUCACGUGGACUGAUCGUGACAGGAGUCCUACAGUGUUGAUGUGAGCCGACUCUGACAGCAGGUGGAUGUAAGAUGCAUUUACUGUACGAUAGGCUCAGGAGUCGGUUGGUGAUGAGUUGCCCAAGGUUUUUUUUUUUUUUUUAACUUGCAGCUGUAGUAAUUGUCUGUGUACUGUACUGGAGACAGUAAAAAGUGGCUGACACUGUGUGUGUGUGUGUGUGAGAGAGAGAGAGAGAGAGAGAGAGAGAGAGAGAGGAGUAUGCAUGUGAGAAAUGGAGCAACAUUGCCUUUUUAGGAACAAGUAACUUUUGAGCAGAGGAUGAACUCCUCCUUAGUGCAAUGUUGAUAAAGACUGAGUAAUGAAUAAAUAAAGUUAUUUCUUUUUGA